CUCAGUGAAUCCCUCGCUGUGACUCAUUCAUUUGGUAUAAAAAUGCGAGUGGUUGCGGACACCGGGAGAGCGAGCCGCGGCUUUAAUUAGCUGCGUGCGUGCGUGCGUGCGUGCGUGUUUCCGUGUGUGUGAGGUUCUUCUUCCUUCUUGAGCGCAUACUGCUCAUUAGCGUUUCCCUUUCCUCCGUCCCCGUUUUAUUUAGGAGAUCUGCGGAGAUGAUGAUACGCACCCCCGGGAGACAGACACCGCCGCGGACCGAGCCGCCCCCUCCUCGCAUGCGCUCCCGUGGAGUUCGUCCGAGACGAGGGAGAAUGUCACCCACUUCUGCCGGCCCCAACAUCUAAGUGUUCCUGAGAGUAUCUUCUCCUCGUCCUCGUUGCCCGCGUUUCCGUGUUUUCUUUUUUAAAGCGCUGGCAGAUCCUCGCAGCGGCUUCACGGGGCGCUUCUUUUGGACUAAAUUAGGGGCCCGGUCGUCUCCUCUCGUCUCCCGGUCGUGAUCUAUUUGGGACUCGUGGAUGUACAGCCGCUCGUCUCUCCGCGGGAGGGGACCGAAUCAUCGCCAGGAGCCGUCGCUAUUCAACAAGCUGCCGGCCGCAGAGCGGUGGAUGGGCGCAGCUCGCCUCAAGCCCUCAACCGCGUCUCGCUGCUCCAGCCCAGUUUGUUGAGUCUCCAAAAGAAAAAGAAAAAAAAGAAGAAACCUCCUCCCCCUCUCUUGCUAUAUAUUUAAUCACAGCGGAUUCUCAGACUUUUCCCCUACCACCUGCAAAAAGUUAUCCAGACCAUGGCUCGUCCUGGUUCGCGCGUAAGGCUGAGCGCCGUGUGGAGCGCGCUGUGGCUCAUGAGGACCGUGGUGGAUUUCGCGCUGCCCCAGGAGACUUACGCGCCCCACUCGAUACGGACCGAGGGCCACCUGACCCUCGGCGGACUCUUCCCGGUGCACUCCAGAGGCGCCGACGGAGCGCCGUGCGGGGACCUGAAGAAGGAGAACGGCAUCCAGCGGCUGGAGGCCAUGAUGUACGCGCUGGACCAGAUCAACCUGGACGAGCAGCUGCUGCCCAACAUCACGCUGGGCGCGCGGGUGCUGGACACUUGCUCGAGGGACACCUACGCGCUGGAGCAGUCCCUAACUUUCGUCCAAGCCCUGAUCACCAAGGACACCUCCGACGUGCGGUGCACCAACGGGGAGGCGCCGGUGUUCGUGAAGCCGGAGAAAGUGGUCGGGGUCGUCGGAGCCUCGGCGAGCUCCGUGUCGAUCAUGGUGGCCAACAUCCUGCGCCUCUUUCAGAUCCCGCAGGUGAGCUACGCCUCGACGGCCCCGGAGCUGAGCGACGACCGGCGCUACGACUUCUUCUCGCGGGUGGUGCCUCCGGACUCGUUCCAGGCCCAGGCCAUGGUGGACAUCAUCCGGGCCCUGGGCUGGACCUACGUCUCCACCGUGGCCUCGGAGGGCAGCUACGGGGAGAAGGGAGUGGAGGCCUUCACGCAGCUCUCCAAAGAAGCAGGUGGAAUCUGCAUCGCCCAGUCUCUGAAAAUCCCCCACAACCCCAAGCUGGAGGAUUACGACAAAGCCAUCCAACAACUGCUGGAGACGCAGCACGCGCGGGCCGUCGUCAUCUUCGCCAGCGAGGAAGACAUACGGGGAGUUCUCAAUUCCACCAAGAGGGCCAAUCAGGUGGGCCAUUUCCUGUGGAUUGGAUCCGACAGCUGGGGGGCCAAGAGCAGCCCCAUCCAUCAGCUGGAGGAUGUGGCGGUGGGAGCGGUCACUAUCCUCCCCAAACGCUCCUCCAUCGAAGGGUUCGAUGAGUACUUCACGGGCCUCACGCUGGAGAACAACCGCAGGAACGUGUGGUUCGCCGAGUUCUGGGAGGAGAACUUUGACUGCAGGCUCCUCAGCGCCUCCAAGAGGGAGGAUACCAGCCGGAAGUGCACAGGCAAGGAGCGCAUCGGGAGCGAGUCCAAGUACGAGCAGGAGGGGAAGGUGCAGUUUGUGAUUGACGCGGUGUACGCCGUGGCCCACGCCCUCCACAGCAUGCAGAGGGACCUGUGUCCCGAUCACCCUGGCGUCUGUCCACAGAUGGAGACCGCCGAGGGGAAGACUCUGCUGAAGUACAUCCGAAACGCCAGCUUCAACGGCAGCGCCGGCACCUCGGUCGUGUUCAACAAAAACGGAGACGCCCCGGGCCGCUACGACUUGUUCCAGUUCCAGCUGACCAACUCCUCCACCACUGAGUACAAGGUGGUGGGACACUGGGUGGAGAACCUGCAGAUCAGGCUGGAGGAGCUGCAGUGGCCGGAUGGGGAGCAGGAGGUGCCCAUCUCGGUGUGCAGCCUGCCCUGCAAAACCGGGGAGAGGAAGAAGAGGGUGAAGGGCAUGCCGUGCUGCUGGCACUGCGAGCUGUGCGACGGCUACCAGUACCAGUACGACGAGACCUCCUGCCGCCUGUGCGCCUACAACAUGAGGCCCAACCCCAACCGGACGGCCUGCCAGCCCAUCCCCAUCGUCAAGCUGGAGUGGCACUCGGCCUGGGCCAUCAUCUCAGUCUUCCUGGCCGUGCUCGGCAUCAUCGCCACCAGCUUUGUCAUGGCGACGUUCGUGCGCCACAACGACACCCCCAUCGUGCGGGCGUCGGGCCGCGAGCUGAGCUACGUGCUGCUCACCGGCAUCUUCCUGUGCUACAUCAUCACCUUCCUGAUGAUCGCCAAGCCCGACGUGGCGGUGUGCGCCUUCCGCAGGAUCUUCCUGGGCCUGGGCAUGUGCAUCAGCUACGCCGCGCUGCUCACCAAGACCAACCGCAUCUACCGCAUCUUCGAGCAGGGCAAGCAGACAGUCACGGCGCCGCGCUUCAUCAGCCCCACCUCGCAGAUCGCCAUCACUUCCAGUCUGAUCUGCGUGCAGCUGCUGGGCGUGCUGGUGUGGUUCGCCGUGGACCCGCCCAACACCAUCGUCGACUACGACGAGCAGAAGGCGGUGAACCCGCUGCUGGCGCGCGGCGUGCUCAAGUGCGACAUCACGGACCUGCAGAUCAUCUGCUCGCUGGGCUACAGCAUCCUGCUGAUGGUGACCUGCACCAUCUACGCCAUCAAGACGAGGGACGUGCCGGAGGACUUCAACGAGGCCAAGCCCAUCGGCUUCACCAUGUACACCACCUGCAUCGUCUGGCUGGCCUUCAUCCCCAUUUUCUUUGGCACGGCGCAGUCGGCGGAGAAGCUGUACAUUCAGACGACCACGCUGACCAUCUCCAUGAACCUCAGUGCCUCGGUGGCACUGGGCAUGCUCUACAUGCCCAAGGUCUACAUCAUCAUCUUCCACCCCGAGAUGAACGUGCAGAAGAGGAAGCGCAGCUUCAAGGCCGUGGUCACGGCGGCCACCAUGUCGUCGCGUCUGUCCCAGAAGCCCAGCGAGAGGCCCAACGGCGAGGCCAAGACGGAGCUGUGCGAGACCCCCGCCGCCGACCCCAUGAGUCAAGCCACCAAGAAAACAUAUGUGAGCUACAACAACCUCAGGAUCUGAUCCGCUCGAGAAAAAGAGAAUGCCGUCCUUUUAUCUGUGAUUUUUGGAGAAAAACAAAAAGGGAGGCGGCGGCGGGGGGGGGGGG